AUGAAUAAAAAGGAAUUCAAAUUUACCUUUAUUGACUUAUUUGCUGGUAUUGGCGGUUUUCGGCUAGCCUUGGAAAAAAUUAAUGGUAAAUGUUUAUUUUCCUCGGAAAUUGAUAAAGAUUGUGCGGAAACUUACCAAGCGAACUUCGGGGAAGUUCCCCAAGGAGACAUUACUAAAAUUGACCCGCAAUUAAUUCCUAACCAUGAUAUUCUUUGUGCGGGUUUUCCUUGCCAACCUUUUAGUAUUUCAGGGAAAAAAAAAGGAUUUGGUGAUACUCGCGGAACUCUUAUUUUUACUAUAUUAAAGAUAAUUAAAGCCAAAAAUCCUAAGGUUAUUUUCUUAGAAAAUGUUAAGCAUUUAAAAGACCACGAUAAUAAAAAGACCCUUCAAACUAUCAUUAAAACUCAAAAUAGAGAGCGAUUAAUUAUUGUUGCCAGUAGAAAUAAAAAUUUUGAUUUUUCUAAACUAGUUAAAAUAAAGCCGAAAACUAUCAAGGAUAUUUUGGAAAAAGAAGCCGUUUUUGAGAUUUUAAAACCAGCUGAAUACACCAUAUUACCAAAAGAUAAAUGGAGAAAACAACCCUCGGGUUUAAUUUUUUGUGGUUAUCGAAAUAAAUUAAUCCGAAUUAAUGGUGUCCGUCUCAAUACCGAACAUUUAUCGCGGGUUCACAAACAGCCCAACCGAAUAUAUUUUGUGGGGGGAACCCAUCCCACCAUUCCAUCUCAGGAAAGUUCAGGGAGGUUUUGGAUUUAUGACGGAGAAAAAGUGCGAAAAUUAACCUUAAAUGAGUGUUUUGCUUUACAAGGUUUUCCUAACAAUUACCAAAAAGUAAGUAGUGUUGGAACUUGCUAUAAUCAAAUCGGGAAUGCGGUAGCAGUGCCAAUUUAUCGAAAAUCGUUUAAUGUAGCGGAUAUUAGCAAUAUUUCCGAGGAAAUGAUAAACUUUUUGAAAGUUAUCACGGACAACAUUGAUAGAAACAAAGGAGUUUAUACUGUAUUAAUAACUUUGAUGGUUCAUAAACUAUUGGAGCCAAUGCAAGACAUACGACUUCAUAAGGUUGAAUUUGAGAAUGGUUUUUCUGGUAGAACUAUUGAUACUAAAUAUAUCACACCUACUUUAAAGGAAUUGGGAUUACUUUCGAUGGCGGAAAGUGGAGAAGGCAUGAAAGAAGCCUUUUUAAAGGUGAUAGAUGCUUUUCAGAGCGACCAGACUAUUACUGAAAACAUGUUAAGGAUAAUUCUCAAUAAGGCUAUUUUGUUUAAGAAAAAUAAUUUGGUUGAAAUCAGAAAGUUAGAUAAUGCCGAGGAAAUAACAAUUACGGCUAUUGUUGAGUUAUUAAAAAAACAUUUUACCGAAAAAUACGAUACUUGGGGUGGUUCCAAGUUGCCCGUGUUAGCUUUUUAUGCUAUUUAUAAGUCAUUGAUUUUAGAAGUGGAUAGGUUUAAAGAUUGUCAACUUGAACCUUUGGGAAGUCAUACCGCUUCGGACAGAACUUCCAAAAGUGCUGGUGAUAUCCAAGUAAUAAAAAAUAGCAAGGUGUUUGAAGUGGUGGAAAUUAAGUUAGAUAAACCAAUUGAUAUAAAUAUGGUUAGAAUUGCCUAUGAAAAGAUUGUUAGGUUUAAUUCCGAAAGGUAUUAUAUACUUUCUGACAUGGGGGUUUUGGAAAAGAACCAGUUAGAGGUUAAUGAGUUGGUUUUGAAAAUUAAAGAAAAGCAUGGUUGUCAAUUAAUUAUUAAUGGCAUUUUGCCUACUUUGAAAUAUUAUCUCCGUUUGAUUUCUAAUUCCAAAAGAUUUUUUAACGAAUAUAUUGAGUUAGUGGAGGAUGAUACCGAAUUGAAAACUAUUCACAAAACCAAACUAAAAUCGUUG